UUGACAGUUCUGAGAGAAAAAAAUAAUUACUGCAGAAAGAAAUGCAAGCGUUAGUUUUAAAAUAUUUCUGAGUUUUUGCUAUUGAUUACUUUUAAGCGAAAAAAAAAUGUCAAAAUACGGAAACUGUCCAAAGCGUAACGUUUUAUCUUUCAUUAACGGACGUGAACCAAGCAUUGAUCGGCGAAACCGUCCAUUUCCAUUAAACGUUUUUAAAGCAAUUGACAAUACAGAAGAAUUUGGUACCGAACAAAGUAUUGCAAACUCCGAUAAUACAAGUAGUAAUGGUUCGAAAACGAAUUCCAUUGGUGAAGAUGGCGCUAUGGUGUAUCUUCGCUUGCGUCCUGUUGAAUGUAUUUCGGAAAUGUAUAAAAUUGUAGAUGCAGGAAAUACUCUCGUAGUAAAUCCUCGUUCAGAACAAUCAACGACGACCAACAGUAAAACUGCAAUGGAAAAACAUUACACCUUUACAGGCAUAUUCGACAGCAAUGAUAGCCAAAAGGAUGUAUACAACAGGUGCAUAGGUAAUAAAAUAAAAUUGGAAGAGAGUUUCACAGUGCUGACUUAUGGUACAUCUGGUUCCGGAAAGACUUUUACACUUUUAGGUGAUGAUGAUAAUCCUGGUAUUGUGCCACGUUGUAUUGAAAACAUCUUUAGGCUCUAUAGUUUCAAUAUAUAUCCGCUUCCGGCAGUUAAAUUACAAAAUGCUCGUGUUGUGAUUUUAGACGAUAAACUUUUAGCAAAAGAAGUUAAUUUUAGCCACAAAAUACUUACGGAGUGCCCAGAUAUAAUCUCAGUACAUAAGCAACUCCAACAAAUCAUAUGCUCAGAUCAUGAUUUCGAAACAACAGCGAGUGUGGAUGUUUCUGUUAUGAUUUGGGUAUCGUUUAUUGAAAUAUAUAAUGAAUUUGUCUAUGAUUUACUGGAACUAUCAGCAUCCAGUCAGACAGUUAUAGUGCCGUCUCGUAAGAACCUUAAAAUUGUUAGCAACGAAGGAAAAGUGUUUGUGAAAGGAUUAACACAAGUUUACGUGAAGAGUAGCUUGGAAGCCCUAAAAUUGCUGCGCUUUGGCUUACAGCGUGUCACUUACGCCUCCACUUCCAUCAAUGCAAACUCCAGCCGGUCGCAUUGUAUAUUCAUCAUUGACGUGCUAAAGUACAAUGCGUCAGGUUUGAUAACAGAAAUAUCUUAUAAAUUCUGUGACUUGGCUGGUUCUGAACGUCUUGACAAAACUGGGAAUGUUGGUUCACGACUUAAGGAAGCACAACGUAUCAAUACAUCGUUGAUGAUUCUGGGUCGCUGUCUUGAUGCUGCUAAUAAUUUAAAUCGUAAGAAGAAUACUGAGGUUAUUCCUUACCGAGAAUCGAAACUCACGAUGUUGUUGCAAGCUCCACUGUUAGGAAAGGAGAAAAUUGCCAUGGUGGUUAAUGUUACACCCACUGAAAAAUAUUAUGAAGAAAAUUUAAAUGUUUUGGGAUUCUCUUCAAUCGCUAAGAAUAUUAUCUUCAAACCACCAAUUGUGAAGCAAAAUAACUCAAGAUUUUCAUUCUUUUUGGAUCAUACGACGUCAGGUACAAACAAAAGUGCACAGAAUGCAUAUAUUCAGCAAGUACUGGAUGAGAAUAUAUUGCUGCGUAAUGAAAAUGAUCGACUAGUCGCCGAUGUACAACAUUUCCAGUCCAUCCUUAAUGCUGAACUUUUACGACAAGAAAAACAAAUACGGAAUGAACUUGUAGACUCUUUUCAGAGGACAUUGACUGAAUCCAAGGAACAAGCAGAACAUCGUCUGAAACAAAAACUUGAAUGUCAAAAUCGAGUGUUUGAGUCAAAGUUGGCAAAAAUCAAACGAGAAUAUGCGGAAAAAAUAGAAGAUCUACGUGAAGAGUUAGAGUUUAUAAAAGAAAACGCAUGCUAUAUAAAUCCAAACAACCGCAUGGCAUCACUUGUUCUUAGUCCGGAAGAAGUAAAUGCAUUGAAGGAACUGUCAGUAAACAUGUGCGAUAGAAAUCAAAGCAAAAAUGGAAUAGAUGAAAAAUCGAAUCCGAUAAAAGCUGAAAAUUCAUGUGAGGAAUUGGAAGAAAUGAAAGUGAAUAUUUCCUAUACAAAUUACAACAAACGAAAGUUAUUAGAAGCAGAGUCUUCGGAAAAUAUGAAAAAAUUAAAAGUAAUGGAAGAAAAUGUAUGCGAUAGAAAUGACACCAAAGACGGGAUUCUAGAUUGAAGAAAAAUAAAAUAGUAAAUGCGAUGAAAAUGUUAGGUAGUACCGAUCACUAGUGUAGUUGAGAAUAAGCAUUUUUUAUUUUGUAAAAAUU